UUCCUCUGUCCAAAGUAUAUUUAUAUGACGGUGUGAUGAACAUUUGAAUAGACAUUCUCUCUUGCCUUACCUCUUCAUUCAAAGUCGGAUUUUGUGAAGGAUGGGAUGGCAAGUGGAGAAGCCCCCGAAUCCGGCAGUGUUUCUGAGAGAACCAUUUCACAUCUUGACCACAACACUCCUCUCUCUUCUCCUUCCUCUCUCGUUCCUUCUCGUGUCAAGGCUCUCUUGUGCCAGCUACUUCUUCAGCUUUGCCCCUGCGGAUCACACCCUCAAGCCAAUCUCUUUCCUCUUCUCUCUUUUCUUCGACACCAACCCAACUCUCCUCCUUGCCCUUCUCUCCAUCCUCAGCGUUGCCACUCUUGUUCAUUGCCUCACCGGGUACAUUGAUGUCUUCCGCAAGUCGACCGGUUCGGUCCACCAGCCCAGCCUUUACAUGGCCUGGGUCGUGCUCUGCACGUCUCAGAUUUGCAUUUUUCUAGGCAUCAAGGGGAGCUUGGUUCCUGGAGUAGUCGACGGCUCAAGCUUUGAGCCAAGUUCGUUCAAUAAGGCCCUGUUCUUUAUAGGAUUGCAUGAGACCAUGGCCAAUUGGUGCAGGGUGGUGGUGAAGCCGGUGGUGGACGACACGGUUCUCGGUUUCCCUAGAGAGGAGCGGUGGACCGAGAGGGCGGUGGCAGCCAUGAGCUUCGUUGGCCUGUGGUGGUGGAGGCUGAGGGAGGAGGUCGACUCGCUGGUGGUGGUUCCUGAGGUGAAGAUGGAGCUUUUGAUGGGUGAUGAAGUGGCUGACUUUGUGGCUUGGUGGUUGUAUUACCUGACCGUGGCUAUUGGGAUGGUCAAAAUUGUCAAGGGCUUCAUGUGGCUUGGAAUGACUUUUUGCAGAAGGUUCGCAGGAAACUCUGGCGACGACAGCAAAUACUUUCCAGGACCUGGACCCGGCUCGUAUGGAGUGGAUAGGCAUCAAUGGUCGGUUCAGCUUGAUCACACUUCGAUUCCACGCGAUCAAACGAUCCAAAUAGAUGUAUUAUAGUCACGGUGCAGGUCUAGGUAAGAACUUUCCCGCUCCUGACCUUGUGCAAUUCUUAAGGCAAGGUCCGAAACUGAAUCUGAACAUAUGCAUCCAAUCUUCUUGCUGUCA